UGUGACGUUAGCCUGAGGUUUCACCAGACUGUGUCCUGGAGACAGGUGAUGAACCAGAAUUUUUAAUCUGGCUCUGUUCUUCUCAGGAUGGGAAUAUUAAUCUCAGCAGCCAGGAUGAAAAAAUAUAUAUACCUGAAGAUCACGGCCCUGCUUUCCAUCGUUACUCCCAUCAUCAUCUACAUUUGGACAAAAACCACAGUAGGCGAGCUGAUUCGAAAACAACACGAACCUUCAGUUUUCUGUCCAUGGAUGAUCUCUGAGCAAACCAUCACUCCACUCAAAAAUACCAAGCACCUGCUGGUGUCAGCCUACAUGGACCAAAGAUUAGGAGGGUUUGACUUGCGCAUCAUUGGUAUUUUUAAAAGAGACUUAGUCGAUGCCCUUUACUGCUCCUUCUGCUGUGCAGGGUUUCUAAGUGAAACUACACCUUCCAUCAUUUUACCACACCCUGACCACUUUGGAUUUCCCUACGGCACCAUGGAUGUCCUGUGUCAGAUCCCUGAUAACUGCGAUGCCACGUAUGUCACCCUUCUCACAGCACCAAGCACAGUUACAACAUCGGAACAACUUUGGAUACCUAUAAGAAACAAGAAAACCUCAAAAAAGGAGGAGAAUGAAUUGGACUUCACUGUCUGCAUUUCUACCCUCUUUGGGAAUUACAACAAUGUGCUUCAGUUCGCACAAACUCUGGAGAUCUACAGGUUGCUUGGUGUGAACAGAGUGGUGAUCUAUAACAGCAGCUGUGGACCUGAACUUGGCCGUCUCCUAAAUGGUUACAGUCAGGAAGGUUUUGUUGAAAUGGUUCCAUGGCCCAUCGACCAGUACCUGAAUCCAUCCAGAGGCUGGAACUUCAAAGAACAUGGAGGAGACCUCCAGUAUUUUGGUCAGAUCGUCACCCUCAAUGAGUGCAUCUAUAGAUCCAUGGAGCGUUCGCGCUACGUCCUGCUGAAUGAUAUAGAUGAGAUCAUCAUGCCCUACCUACACGACAACCUGAACUCUAUGAUGGAUAUGCUGCAAUCACACUAUCCAAAUGUAGCAGAGUUCCUCAUUGAAAGCCACGUCUUUCCCAACAAAUAUUUUGAGCCAAGUAGAAAAUUCCAUCUUCAUCGAUGGAGCAAUGUGCCAGGAAUUAACAUUCUGGAGCACAUCUACAGAGAAGACCCAGACUCAAACUAUCAUCCAUACAAGAUGAUAGUUCAGCCAAGGCUGAAAACCCUCUCAGGAUCAAAAGGUCAACCCAAAGCUAAGGCUUGCCUGGCAGCCAGCUGUUCCUGUAGUUUUGACCUUCUAACAACACCAAGCACUUCCUGGUGUCAGCUUUCAAGAACCAGAGACUGAAGGGUUUUGACAUCCGCAUCAUUGGAGCAAUCAGCAGAAGCUCCAUGCAUCCUGUGGACAUGAUGGUAAUCACCAGCUGUGGUCCUGUACUUGACCGGUUCCCGAAGGGCUGAAGACUUUGUUGAAAUGUUUUGCUGCUCCUCAUUGCAUGCCUUGAUGUGAACAGAGAGCAUAGAGUAAAUUUCUCUCAAAAAUGUUCAUGGAAUGACUUACAUUUGGAUGCUGUGGUUGCGACGUAGCCAUUAUAGAGGUCAGGUUGUCAUGUUGCUGCAGGGUUCCUCCAUGUACUGGAAAUCUCCAUCCUCUGGAUAAAUUUGGAUACUUGCUGACAGGCAAUGGAACCAUCUCCCCCAAGAAAUAUUUGGAAGCCAAGUGGAAGAUUUAAUCUUCUGAAGAACAUCUAUAGAGAAGACCCAGAUAGGAGGAUACAUAUUUAUUGCAAGAUGUUAGUUCAGCCAAGGUUACCUGACUUUUUCCUUGUUCAGAACGGGGCGGCCUAAUGAAACUGCGAAAGUAACUGCAUAAACACUAGAUAAAAGGUUAUUGUAGUAAUGAAAAGGUGCAGUUGAAACUUAAAAAUAAUUAUCUUUUCAAAUAUCAAUGCAUCUAUCCACUUUCUAAACCCACUGGAUCCUUUCUAGUCACAGGAGAUGCCACCAUUGGGCAAAGGUAUGGUUCACCCUGACCAAGGUCAAACAAUCACACAGGGACAAUUUUUAGAGUAAUCAAUAUACAAAUACAGAAAGGUCCUGGCUGGGAUUUGAACCAUAACUGCCUUGCUGUGAGACAUAAGCACUAACCACUAUCCCACCACAAGUAGCUCUGUUUCCUGGAUGUCAGAAGUGAGGUUUAAACACGUGCCUCAUCAUGAGGCUGCAACCUUAUGCACUCCAUGUCUUAUGGUGCAUUUUCUUUUCUUUAAGAUGCAAAAACAAAACAUAUUCAAAUGUUUUCCAUACAUUAAAAUAAUAUCAUAUAUAGCAGUCAACACGUCUUGAAUAAUAAAAUUGCCAAAAUUGAGCUGCUUUGUUCUGGGCCUCCUGCAGGUGGAACACAUUCAUAUAUCAAGUAUAGGCUCUAAGACACCACAGGAAAACGUCACAAAUACCAGGGGCACAGAAAAGCUACAAUUGGAGGGGCAAGCAAAGGAGGAAGUGUGAGAUCUUUCAAAAAAGAUUAAUAUUGUCAAAGAAUCCGAAUAAUGCGCUGAAAUUGCUAAAUUCUUGAUAAACAAGGAAAACUUGUCCUUGAUCAUUAAAUAAGUUACUGAAAAAUGCAGAGCAUUGUUGCAAAUACUAACAUUUACUCUAAAACACAUUCAAACAAGUUACUUUUAGUCCAUAAAUCUAAGGAAGCUGUCUCUAUCACUGUUUAAAACUUUUUCAUUUAUUGUGUCAUUUAAAACUAAAACUAAAAGUCUACAAAUUAGCUACACAAUGCUCUAUCUAUAUGGGUUUUACCUGAUCUGAGGCUGAAACCUCCUGAUAUUUAUGCGCUGACCUGCAGCUCUCCGCUGAUUAAACUGAGUCAUUGCUGUUCAACUGUGUACCUAUACCCAUGUGCAGACCUUUUAGCAAUCCACUCAGAAUAGCAGUUGGUAAAAAUGUGAAGGUGAGGUUUGUCUGACAUUUGGCAGAAUAAAAGAAAACAACACACAG